GUUAGCAAAAGAUCAGCCUAAAAAAAAUGACCAGAAACUCCGACCACCGGAGCAGCAACAGCGCUCGCCGGAUCUUCAAAUUUCCGGCGGUCCGUCCCUGCGAAGGCAUAUCUCCGGCGACGUUGCUGCAGUCUCUCAUCACCACCUCCACCGCCAUCUGCAGCUACAGCUCCAAUUUCUUCCCUUCGCAACGACGGAACGCUCGCGAAACAAUAAGGCAAGUAUCAAUUCUCUCGAUUCUUCUAGAAGAAUUUCUCAAUAACCUCCCGACGUUGCCGGAAUCGUCCAUUCUCUGCUUAUCGGAGCUCCACGUCGCCUUCCAGAAGCUUCUAUUCCUUCUAGAAGACUGCACUCGCGAAGACGCUAAGCUUCUAACUCUCAUGAAAUCCUAUUUCGUAUCGACUCAAUUCCAGAACUUAAUCAACGUUAUCGCAACCACGCUCGAUGUUCUUCUACCUCUGAAUCAGAUCGAAGUUUCGGAGGAGGUUAAAGAGCUUAUUCAAAUGGUGUAUAACCAAUCUCGGAGGUCGAAAAUGGAGGUUUCCGAAGAAGAUGAAAUCGCAAUGAAAAGAGUAAUCGUAGUUUUAAAUCAGUUCGAGAAUAAACUCGAACCUGAUCCGUUCAUGAUUCGGAAAAUCCUCAGCCAUUUGAAGAUCAACAGCCACGCAGAAUGUCACAAAGAGAUUCUAUUCCUAGACGAAGAACUUACAAUUGUGUAUUCAGAGAAGAACGAUCGAGAAGUUCCAUUGCUGAGCAGUUUAGUCGGUCUAUUAAGCUACUGCAGAGGAACUCUGUUUACAGAUUGGGAAAACGUAGUUUCCGAACAAUAUUCAGCAGAGAGAGCCAGCAGUUUUUCAUCGAUCAGUCGUCUGAAUCCCGAGGAUUUCCGCUGUCCGAUAUCCCUCGAAUUAAUGACCGAUCCGGUGACGAUCUCUACCGGACAGACCUACGACAGAUCUUCGAUUGAAAAAUGGCUGAAAUCGGGGAAUCUAGUCUGUCCAAAAACAGGGGAGAAGCUCACAACUACAGAAUUAGUCCCUAACACAAGCCUUCGAAAGCUCAUUGAACAAUACUGCGCAGAGUACGGCAUUUCAUUUACGAGCUCCGUGAACAACAACCGCGACAUUUCCCGAACAAUCCUACCAGGAAGCGCCGCAAACGAGAAAGCUAUCAAUCUUCUAUCGGAAUUCCUCGCGCUACGAUUAGCCUACGGAUCGGAUUCGCAGAAAACGAAAGCUGCAUAUGAAGUUCGUUUAUUAUCGAAGUCGAGUUUAUUCAAUCGGUCUUGCUUGAUCGACAUCGGCAGCGUCAUUCCGGCGCUGAUUAAACUGAUCAUCUCCUCCGAUGCGGCGACUCAAGAGAACGCAAUCUCGGCGUUAUCGAAGCUAUCGAAGCAGACGAAAGGGCAGAAAGCGAUAAUCCAAAACAGAGGUCUGCAUCCGAUCCUCGCCGUCUUGAAAAACGGAUUGAAAUUAGAAUCGAAGCAGCUCGCAGCUGCGACGAUCUUCUACAUUGCAGCGGCGAAGUCUCACCGGAAAAUGAUCGGAGAAUUCUCCGACGCAAUUCCGGCGUUGUUAUCCUUAAUCAGAGACGGAACUCCCUGCGGUAAGAAGAAUUCAGUAAUGGCGAUCUUCGCUCUAAUUUUCAACCACAGAAACCGCCGCCGCGCCAUAACCGCCGGCGCAGUGAAAGUUCUUCUAGACUUGUUAAACUCACCGGAGAAAUCCGAGCUGAAGACGGACGCUCUGGCAGUUCUAUCGACAUUAACUUCGGAUAGCUCGGAAGCGUCGAUCGAAAUUAGGGAUUAUCCGUCUGGUUUGCAGCUGAUUCUACGGUUAUUGCAGACGAUCAACAGUCCUGCCGGACAGGAGUAUUGUGUGUCGAUCCUUCUUUCUCUUUCCCAGAGCUGCGAAGCUGAGGUUGUUCCGGUGAUGGCGAAGGAUGCGACGCUGAUGUCGGGGCUGUACUCGCUAAUUACCGACGGCACGUCGCACGCCGGUAAGAAAGCGAGGUCGUUGAUUAAGGUUCUGCAGAAGUUCUGCGAGACGAGUUCGUCUGGCGUGGUGAAGGAGAUGAGGAGGCUGGAAGAGUCCAUCAAUGUCCGGUGAUUCGGUGAAGGUUUUUUCUAUAUCUACACACACACAUAUAUAUAUAUAUAUAGUUUUGUGUAUAAUUUUAGGGUUGAUUUUUGACGCCAUUGAUGGUAUUUGCUCGAGUUUUUUGGUGAGGUGAAUACCUGUUUGGGACAGUAAAUGGUGUAUUUCUUUGUGAUUCUUUUUUUUUUAGUAUUAUUAUUAUUGUGAUUUUGGAUA